UUAUCGGAAACAAAUGGGAAAUAUAUCAAAGCAUGUUAGAAAAUGACUACAAUGAAGGAAAGGGAGGCUAUGGAUACAAUUGGUCUUCAAAGAUACUGUUGUCGUCGUAUGAUCUUGACACAUACCGAUUUGAUUACGAAACUUCUUCAAUACAACC